AUGAUCACUACAAAAACCGAUACACACAUUAAAAUCAAAGUUGUUCAUUCGCCAGGUAUGCCACCAUCUAAGAUUAGAGACAUAGAAUAUACGUGGGAGGAGGUUAAAGAGAUCAUUAGGGAUAAUAAACUUGAAAAAUUUGCCCGGUCUUUGCACCAAACGGAGAACUACCAUAAUUUCAAAGCGCAGCUCCAGAAGAACCAUACUACAAUUUUCAAGCAUUUGUUGAGCAACGAGUUGAAAUGGUACGAACCGAAGGACAACGGGGGCAUGAGUUGGGAUGAGGUUGUUCAAAAUAGGAUUCCUGACAACCAGAUUGUUAUCAAUCCUGCAAGCUAUAAGUUAUUUACCAACCCAGAUGACUUGAAGAUUGUGCCCAACCACUUUCCGUAUUAUUUUGAGGAUGAUGUGACACAUAUGUGUGUGUGGACGAAGUUGCGGAUUGAGCCGGACGAAACAUCUCCCAUCGGUGACAUUUCGCCUGCCACAAGAGAAAUCAUUGAAAAAUACGUCUGUAAGACGUUUGUGGACGGGAUGGGCAUCGACCGCGAGAACAUAGUGUGGUUCAAGAAUUGGGAGGCGUUGCAGUCGGUGAAGACGAUCUCGCAUCUCCAUGUGCUCGUGAAAGGCAUGACUGAGGCCCAAUUAGAGCUGGUAUUGUAUAAGCCAGGUGAGGUGUUGACCCCGAGCGAUAUGAAAUGA